AUGGCGGCCCCUCGGAGUUUCUUCAUCUCUCUCUCCGCUUUAAUUCUUGUUUUGUAUUUUUCUUGUGGAUCUACGAGUCCGGGAAACAGAAGAGCAAACCAGGAGCGAUGCGGCUACAAGGUGCAGUCUGGUGCAGAUGGAGGUCGAAGGUUGGCCGUCACCCUCCGAGCUGACAAUUGUUCACUGAACUACCCGUUGGGGAAACAUGUGAUCCACGAGGUCACCAACGUCUCCUUCAGUCACCUCGCCUGUGAGGACCAGGCUGCCGUGGUCGUCCACUGGUCCGCCAGCCCACUAGGAAUCGAACACAUUAAAGGCUUCAGAGUUUACCUAGAAGAUAAAAAUCCUGAAGGCAAACAGUGUCAGCAUCUGAUCCUUAAAGACCCUCGGCAGCUCAACUUCUCCUACAGGAUCACGAAGCUGAGCAGUCAGCCGUUCAGCGGGUUAAACUUCGACACAGACUACAUGGUCCGGGUCGUUCCCUUUCCCACUCUGAUGAACGAGAGCUUCUUCCCUCCGUCUUUCCUCCGGACCAACUCGUGUGAAGUCCUCCUGGGAUCAGACAACCUGGUCUGCAAACCAUUCUGGAAGCCAAAGAGCCUGAACGUGUCUCAGCUGGGAUCUAACCUCCACGUGGCGUUCGAUCAGGCUCCGCCCUCUUUCGGCUUCCACUUCUACUACCUGUACUACAAACUGAGACAGGACGGGCCCUUCAGACUGCAGCGCUGCAAACCUGACCUGAGCCAGCCCAGGACGACAUGCAUCCUCCAGGACGUCACUCCAGGGACCUACACUAUAGAGUUGAGAGAUGACAGCAACACGACCCGGAGGCAGACCCAGUACCACGUCAGUCAAGUCCACUCUCCCUGGGCUGGACCAAUCAGAGCCAUGGCCAUCACAGUUCCUCUGGUCAUCAUGUCAGCCUUCGCCACUCUCUUCACGGUCAUGUGCCGCAAGAAACAGCAAGAAAACAUUUACAGCCAGCUGGAUGAGGAGAGCAGCGAGUCGUCCAAUCAAAGUGCAGCAUUGAACACCGAGCGCCCUUGGCCCCGCCCCAAAGUCUUCAUCUGCUACUCGAACAGAGACUGUCCCAAACACACCAGCGUCAUCCAGAGCUUCGCUUAUUUCCUGCAAGACUUCUGCAACUGUGAGGUGGUUUUGGACCUUUGGGAACACCUGGAGAUGUGCAAAGAAGGUCAAAUGUCGUGGCUUAGCAGACAGCUGGACGAGGCUAACUUCAUCAUCACUGUUUGCUCGAAAGGCCUACGAUAUUUCAUGGAGAAGAAGAGCCGCAGAGGAAAGACGCCUGUCAGUCGCCGUGGUACCAGCAGCAGCGGCUCACCGAUUGGUGGGUCAGGCAGUGACCUCUUCAUUGUGGGCGUGGCCAUGAUCGCUGAGAAACUACGUCUGGCGAAGCAGAGCGAGGGGGACGGGGAACAGGAGCUGAACCGCUUCAUGACGGUCUACUUCGACUAUUCAACGGAAAACGACAUCCCCACUCUCCUCAGCCUGGCACCGAGGUUUAAGUUGAUGGACCAGCUUCCUCAGCUCUUCAGCCGCCUCCACUCCAGUCAGUCCAGUUUCUCAGACCGAGAAUCUCAGCCUGUCAACGUCUCCAGGAGGAACUACUUCAGGAGUAAGUCCGGACGCUCACUCUACGUCUCCAUCUGUAACAUGCACCAACACAUCAGCCAGAACCCUGACUGGUUUGAGAAGGACCUGGCUCCUUCAGGAGACUCCUCCUCUAAACCCCCUCCUCCCCCCGCUGACCCGGCCCCGACUCCUCCUCCGAAGCCUCACUGCUCCUCCUGCCCGUCUCAGCCCGAGCAGAGGUUCGACUCCGGCCUGGUGCUCAACGAGGUGGCGGUGAAGACGCCGACGCUGGAGGAGGGAAAGGGAGCGCCAAGGAGGAACAUGCUCCUGCUGGCUCCUGGUUCCAUUCCCAGCCUAGACCCGGGCUGCAGCCACAGUCCAAGUCCUGGUCCAUGUCCGAGUCCAGGCCUGCCUAGUUGCUCUCUGUCCAUGCUGGGACCAAAUUCACGGUCCAUUUCUGGGAUUUCUGGACUGCUACCUGAGGAGCCAUCCUCCUCCUCAUCUGCUCCCUCCAUCCUUCAGGAGGAGGUGUGUCCAAUCCUCGCCCAGGCAGACGAAGGCUGUCCUUCCCCUCCAGAAGUCCCUCCUCCUCGAGAUUCAGGCAUCUACGAUUCGUCUGUCCCCUCCUCGGAGCUCUCCAUCCCCCUGAUGGAGGGACUGUCCCAUGACCAGGCAGACUCCUGCUCCCUGGCUGAAAGUGAAUCAUCUUCUUCAGGGUUGGGAGACGAGGAGCCGCCUGCCGUCACGUCGCUCCACUGCAGCGCCUCCACAGUCUGUAAAGCUGAACUGCACCACCACGACCACCUGGAGCACGGCGACAGACUCGCACCUGUGGCGUCAUCAUAGGACACGCCCCCUACUGAGUGAUGUCAUUGCAGAGACAAAUAUAUGUGACUUUGGACCUGAACUUUUUCUAACGAGUGCUGCCCUCCUAUCACCAUGGAAACAAAACUGGAACGAAGAGACGCUGCAGUGGUUCACCUGUGUGGAAUUAACCGAGGUCUAGAUCACUCCCACUGGUUACUAUGGAAACCAGCUUUUACAACUACAGAGCUCUAGAUCACUACUCAGUGGUUACUAUGGUAACAGCAGUGUUUUGGACCAUGCUGUUGUCAUGGAUAUCUUGGAGCCGUUGUAGCUACAGGUUUUAAUGAGGACGUCGUCGUUUGCAGCUGCAGUAGUGUCUGCAAAUGUUUCUGGGUUUUCAGACGCAGCUUACUAUGAGUUUGUGAUUUUUGACACAGCCACCGUCAAACCAUCUCUAAAUUUUACCACGGUUUAUGGUAUUACCCCAAGGUUUUUUAAAAAUCAUCAUACAAGCACUUGUUGGCAUGCACAUGCAAGCACAGCGAGCAGAACACACGCCUCUACAUGCGCUUCAAAAUGCAUGAGUCCACAAAAACAAUAUUUAUUAGGCAUUGAUUACAGGAGUGCUGGUGAAGUGUGAUUUAUAGUUGAAGCUUUGUUCUCACACUUCACCGGUACACUGAGUUACAUCAGAGCAGAGGUUUACAUGAAGUUUCUCUCUUUUUCCUCUUCAUCUCCUCUGUAAGAGGACAAACAACGGCCUCUCGUCCAGUGGUUCUCAGCCUUUUCAGCUCAUGACCCCCAAAAUAAUGGUGCCAGAGACUCCCACUGUACCUGAAGGUGGUUGAA